GUGACGGUGUGACGUGUGACGACUUUCGCAGUAGACGUAUUUGUAUUGUUGACAUUGGUGACAACAAGAAAACAAGAAGUGACAUUGUUGUUUUGUUUAUGUUUACUUUGAUAAAGGGAAAGUGCCUACAGAAUUAUUAUAAUCCAUAAAAUAAUAAUAAUAAUAAUUUGCUAUAAUAAUAUACUAAUCUAUAUUGUUGAUAAUUUUGUGGAGUUUAAGUAGGAGUUUAGGCAUGAUAAGGUAGCAACAACUGACUCUUAUUCAGAAGCAUCGCCAUAAAAAAUAUAGGAAUGUAUAGAAAUUCAGAGUAUUGACCUCUGUAUGGACAUAGCCAAGGGAGAAUAAAAUUGAUCAUAAGUUUGCAUCAUCUUGGACCCAUGACUGAUGAUCAAAGAUUAUAUUAGAAGAGUGAAAUGGACGAUGACCUUGGCAAUUGCUUGAAGUAAUGCAUUCGAAUUGUUAGCAAUAGUGAGUUAACUACAAAGGAGUAAAAUAUUGAGGAUUCAAAUUUUCAAAAAAGCUGUUUCAAGGGCUUUAACCUUUAAAUACCAUUAGGAAUUCUAGUUGUUGAAAGAAAUUAUGAAUGAGUUUCCAUUUAAAUUAUUAAUUCAGGUAGUAUUUUCAUGUAAGUAGUUGAUAGUUCAAAUUGUCUAUUUGUCCAAUAUUUUGUAAUAUUUCAUACUUUUGUUCCAAUAUUACAUGCUGUACGUUUUUUUAAGGUUGCUUAGAAAUUUGUACUAACAUCUGAGCUUAGGAGUUUCAUAUCUGCCUGGUUUGUUAUAUAAUUAAUGUUCUAUUUCACUAAAAGAUAUCAAUAUUUGUGUAUGUUCCAUAAUGGAUAUUGGAGAAAAGUCUUUUGAAUGUGAUAUUUGUAAUGAAAGAUUCAGCCAAAAAGGUCAGUUAACUGUACACUCAAGAUCCCACACUGGUGAAAAACCAUUUGAAUGUAAUAUUUGCUCAGUAAAAUUUGAUUCUAAAUUUAAUUUAACUGUUCACCUAAGAGUGCAUUCUGAUGACAACUCAUUCAAGUGUGACUUCUGUGAUAAGAAGUUCAUCAAAAGAAAUAACUUGCUCAUUCAUCUAAGAGUCCACACUGGUGAGAAACCAUUUGAAUGUAAUAUUUGCUUGAGGAAAUUCAAUUACAGAUUUGAUUUAAGGAAACAUGAAAGAGUGCACACUGGUGAAAAACCAUUUGAGUGUCAUAUUUGUAAGGGGAAAUUCAGCCAAAAAGGACAGUUAACUAUACACUUCAGGUCACACACUGGUGAGAAACCAUUUGAAUGCAAUAAUUGCUCCAUGAAAUUCAAUUCCAGAACUGAUUUAAUGGUACAUGAAAGAGUACAUACUGGUGAAAAACCAUUUGAAUGCCAUUUUUGCAAAAAUAAAUUCAGCCAGAAAGGUCAGUUGACUGUUCAUCUACGAGUCCACACUGGAGAAAAACCUUUUGAAUGUGAUAUCUGCUUCAAGAAAUUCAAUGCCAAAUUUGAUUUAACUGCACACUUAAGAGUGCACACUGGCGAAAAACCAUUCGAAUGUGAACUGUGUGAUAAAAAAUUUGGCAAGAAGAAUAGCUUGACUGUACACCUAAGAAUUCACUCUGGGCUUAAGCCUUUCAAGUGUGAUAUUUGCUCCAAGACAUUCAUUUCUAGAAUUGAUUUGAAUCGGCACCAGUUAGUGCAUACUGGUGAAAAACCAUUUGAAUGUGAUAUUUGUAAAGCAAAAUUCCGCCAAAAAGGGCAGUUGACUGUACAUGUACGAACACACACUAAAGAGAAACCAUACAAAUGUAACAUUUGUCCCAAAAAAUAUUGUAAAAAAUCUGUUCUAACUCGACAUUUAUUAAAACACAAUGAGGAUAAAUCAAUUGAAGAAUUCGAUACUAGUGAAAGAUUCGUGAAAUCUGAAGAUGAGUAUGUCGAUGAUCCAGUCACUUUAGCAGACAUUGGUGUUAUUAAAAAAGAAUGCAAGAUAGAACUUGAUUAUGAUGAACUACAAUUUGAUUCUCCUGACACGUUGCUGGGAAUAAAGCAAGAAGACAAUUAUUUUACUGACAGGGAGAUCAAUAAUGUGGAUACUCAACCAUUUAAUGACACUCAUGAAACACCUCACUUCUGGAAGACUGAGUAAUCUGAAGAUGUGUCCUGGCUCUGCUAUUUUAUGCAAACUAUUCUUCCACCAUUUUUCAUCUGAUUCAAAGAAUAAGUCAAAUUUAAUUGUUUGGGGAAACAACAGACAGAUACAAAUGCCAAUUUUCUUCAAUAUCACUGAAGCAUUUUCUACAUCGUGAUGUAAACCGAUGAUUAUACAUAAGUGAAAAGUCAUUAGCAUGUAAUCUAGAAAUCCUGCUACAGAUUUGAUUCAACUGGUCACGGGCAAGAGUGCACUCUGGUGUAAAUGUAAUAUUCGUAUUUUUUUAUCUCUUGGAGUGCAUGCAAUCAGUUGAUUAUACUCACCGCCUGCUACACAGGAGGUGUCGAUCUUCUAAGUCGGUAUCCCAUUCAAGAGACCCACUCAGUUUAUUUAUUUAUUGUAAUCUACCGUAUAAUAAGUAGGUACCAAUAAAUGAUAACAUUC